CGGUGCGGAGUUUUUUUUCGUUUGUGCUGCUUCUCACACUCGCGAGCAACAAAUAGCGCAACGCCACCAACACCACCACCGAUCUAGCCUUCUCCCUCUGCCGGUGCCACACAGAUUCCGCGCCCCGCGUCCCUACACAAUUUCCCGUUCUUCAACGGGAUCUCUGCCCAAAGCGGCCACACAUACCCGUCCCGUGUGGUGCCGUCUCCUACCCGCAAACGAAUUGUGUUCAAAGCACCCCCCCGUCACGCACACUAACACGCAGCUAACACCAGCAGCGCGGCAGCAUUUCGUUCUCUCUCUCCGGCCGAAACCAGUACGCUCUCUGUCUUGCGUGCGCUCUCUCGCUCGCGUACUUUCGAGCGUACAUCGCCCUGCACAAGCGAAGGGAGCAAAACGAGCAAGCCAAACGCGUUUUCCCUCUCAUGUGUGCUGGUCGUGUAGUGCGCGUCCUGCUUGCUUCUUUGCACACCGUUCGGAACAGUUGCGAACCACUGCGCCGCCAUAUUAAAGUGAGACAAAAGAACCGUGUGCCACACCGCUUGUCUGUUGUGUGUGCGGUGUUGUGCUGUGUGUUUUGGGAUUUUCUACGUGAAACGGACACAAUUUCCGGACCCGCCGGAGGACGACGCCGCGCGUACAUUUCUGUGUGUGUGAUUUGUCUUGGCGGUGGCGGACACACGGACGCCCAACAUUCGGCCAAGCCACGGGGGCAGAGUAACAGAAAAAAAGACGCUUUAAUCGUGUGCCGUGAAAUUAUGCUCACGGGCCCCUCAUCAUCAUCAUCAUCAUCCCUAGCAGCAGUAUUUGAAAACAGUCGCCUGUGAGGAAAACAGUUCGUCGACAGCGCAGCAAGCAAGCAGGGCGAGGAGCAGUCGUGGGUCGUCGUGGGCCACGCGCAAGCAAUGUUCACCGCCAACAACAUCCAAACGGCAACGGGCACCCCAAUCGGCAUCCAGUAUCAGACCGCGACCGCCACCGACAUCAACAAGGGCACCAAGCUGGAGGGCCAAAAGACGAACCAGCAGGCGCCGGAGUUUUCGACGUUCUACGCUAAUGCGUUGAGCACCGUGAAUCUGGCGCAGCUGUCCGAUGACUCCAAAACGGUACAGUACCUGCAGCCGUUCGGGUACGCCAACUGUGCCCUGGUCAACCAGAUGCCGAUCCCGAACGGCGUCACCGGGAUCACGGUCGAUGGCAGACAGCUGGUCGUGAACAAACCCAUCACGAACACCAUAUCCAACAUCAGCUUCAAGUGCGAUGUGUGCGGUUUGAUGUUCAACCAUCUCACCCUGCUGAACCAUCACAAGCGCACCCACAACCAGGAUGGGGAAACGACAUCGGAUGCCAUUACGGUAGUAACGCAAGCGCAGAAUUUAGUCCAGGCACAAAAUCUCAUCUCAGAAACGGGUCAAAACCUUGGUCAGAUUCAGAUUGUCGCCACGGAAGCGCUCGACCCGGCACCGCAGCAGCAGCAGCUGCAGCACGCCCAGGAGCAGCAACAGCAGCAGCAACAGCAGCAGCAGCAGCAACAGCAAGCCCAAGCGCAGGCUCAAGCUCAAGCGCAACAGCAAGCGCAGCAGCAAGCGCAGCAGCAAGCGCAACAGCAAGCGCAGCAGCAGCAACAGCAACAGGUGACAACACACACCACCAAGGCGGACAAAUCGCAGAAGUGCAUCUCGUGCAACGGGCCCAUCCACAGCAACCCGAAGCGAAAGGGCCCGAAGCUGAUCCGGUGCGAAACCUGCAUCAGCAACGAUGGCGCCCAGCCUGUCUCGAGAAGUACGACCCAAAUCUUCGUCGCGCCCGACGGUGACAUCAAGUUCGAGAUCGGCGAAAUCCCGAACGCCUCCAACAGCAACUCGUCGAUGGACUCGCUGAUGCCGGGACAGAUGCAUCCGAUCAAGGCGGAGCACGCGCUCGUACCGCAGCAGAAUGCGCAUCCGGUUAAAAAACUUGGAGGCCAGAAGAAGCUGAUCCAAUCGUCCAUGCAUCAACAGCCGGAAAAACCAUUCACCUGCAACACGUGCGGAGGGCGGUUCUCGCGCUACUCCAGCCUCUGGUCGCACAAGAAGCUGCACACGGGCGAAAAGAACUACAAGUGUAACGUGUGUGGUAUAGCGUUCGCCAAGGCCGUCUACUUGAAGAACCAUAUGCGCAUCCAUACCGGCGAAAAACCGUACAAGUGCGGCACCUGUGGCAUGCAAUUCUCCCAGUCGCCACAUCUGAAGAACCACGAGCGAACUCACAGCGGCGAAAAGCCAUACGUUUGUGAGGUCUGUGACAAAGGAUUCGCCCGUCACGCAACGCUCUGGAACCAUCGGCGCAUCCACACCGGCGAAAAACCGUACAAAUGUAACCGCUGCCAGUCCGCGUUCAGUCAGGCUGCGCAUCUCAAGAAUCACGAAAAGGUGCACUCCGGUUUGAAACCAUUCAAGUGUGACAUCUGUUCAGCGGCGUUUGCCGAUCGGUUCGCGCUGAAGAGGCAUCGUGGCAUUCACGAGAAAUAUGGUCAAACUACGCCGCUCCAUCAGAACCAGCAGCAGCAGCAGCAAACGGCACAGGUCGUCACGCAGCAGGUGGUGCACAAGGAGGAAAUUAUCGAAAUGGAGGAGAAACCGCGCGAGGUGAUCAUAACCGGAAUGUAGAGUGUGUGCAAACACGGGGCAACCGAAAUUUCUCGCGCCUUUAAGCGCGUGUGCCGUGAGCGUAAGUUUAAGUUAGUCGCGUAAACAGUGUGAGAGAACGAGAGAGCGAGAGAGUGCAUUUUUUUAGCAGUUUGACCCGAUGCAGGAGGUUUAAUAGUGAGGUAGAAAAGUUAGUAAUACACACUGAACGGGUGCAGUUGCUCUGGUGUGUUUGUAAAAAUGCAUUACUUAUCGAUAAGAAAGAAGGGGGGGAGGAAGCUCUAUAUAUAUGUAGGUGUAGUUGAAUUAGGACAGUUGAUUGCUCUAUGGCGCUGCACUUUGUUAAUUUUGUAUUCGAGUUUCCUUUUCGUUUCUUCACCCUGAUGAUAUCCCCCAACAAAACCGUGCACCGUGGAUUAAAUUUAUUACAUUUUUCCCUUUUACUAGUCCAGUAAGGGAUGGUUAAACAUUUUGAUUAUGUAAAUUGGCAACUUUUUGUUAAAAUUUACACACACACAAGCAGCUUUGUCUAAUAAUUGUGCCCAACUUUCUAUUUUUUUCGAUUGCAAUAUGAAAGAUCGCAUUGGUGCUGAUUCAAAUCGUUGCGUUUUUUGUAUGUACCAUCUACAUAUACAAUGCCGAAUAAUAGUCGAAGCAUGAAGCGGGCAUGCACAAGUUUAACGAAAAUGAUAGGGCGAACCUUUGUAACUACGGGACGAUACGAAGUGCAGAGGAAAGCGAAACACCGAUAGAUGGUUAGAGCGUAUUAACUUAACGACAAACUCUAAGUAUAGGUGCAUUUCAUUUGCAUUAGCCGUUUAUUAUUAUGAUUGUAGUAAUUAGUUUCAUGUUUAAUUCGUACUCUGCUAUCUAAGCGACAUACACCACCUUGAAAAAAGCUCGAAUUGAACGCAAUUCAAUUAGCAGCAAACACUUGAACGCUACCGUACACUCUCCGUGGGAAGCCAAUGGGCAAAUGCGCAGGUGUCACACAGGUCGAGGCCAACCUUCUGACAACGGUUGUGCCAAAAACCAUUUACAAAGGAAGCAGAUUGGUCCGUUUUAUUGCAACGUUGUGUGUGGCCAUUAUCAUAAGCCUACAUUAUAAGUGUGGAGUGGGUUCUUUCAAUGCUCCUUACACAGGAAACACGGGAGAAUCGUACAACAACACACUCCCCGUUGACCGAAUAUCGGCACUCCCAUGUCCUUUCCCCCCCUCCCUAAUGCCAGUGUAAAAUUCUCCCGACUGCGAUGCUCUUUUAGUGUAUUGAGUAAAAAAAAACGAUUUUUGGGAAAGGAAAGUAUAACCCAGUAAAGGCUUCCUAAAGCUAACUCCGCGGAAAACGAACGGGAACUGAAAAAAAAGAGAUGUUUCUUUACCGUUUGAUCGUCUUUGGUCGUUAGCCAUUAGAUUGCACUGCUCUCGAUGGAGCAGCAUCGAUUAAAAGAAGCAUCUACCUGUAAAUAGACAGUUUUAAAUGUUACAAUUCAAAUCGUCAUAUGCAUGCGGCCUUUACCGGGCGGCGCACCAUUACAUUCUAAUUAUCACCGUUGUAAAAAAAAGAACAGUAUAAAGUACAGCUCACACAUGAUCCACAGCAAAUACGCCGGUUACAUCAAGCCGGAGGGAGAAGAAAGGUAGAAUUUAAUUUCAACAUUGAUUAAUGAAGAAAAAGGAAAACACACACUGAGAAGUUCUGAAUACAUGCGCGAUUACGGAAAAUAAAUAAUUUAAAGAACAUUGAAAGUAGUUAAUAAACUGUAAAGGUAAUUUUUAUCGUUUAA